AUGCCCGUGCUCGUCAAUAACAAUGAGUACGAGGGUGAACAGUCAAUGCCUCGAGCUCCCUCUACCCAGUCCUACGCACCAGGUUACUUCACCAAUCUGCUGAAUGAGGGCAAUCGGUCUUUCGAGCAGCGAUCUCCCAUCCCACUCCACUCAACACAACCUCGCCUUCCACAACAUCGCCCAUCUGAGUAUCGCCCCGUCCUCGCCCUGCCUGGACUCGAUACUUCAUUCACUACACUCCCAGCCCAAAAGCCUAUUCCCUUGAUUGAGACUGUCCCUGAGAGGACUAUGAUUCCCCCAAUGCCUGUCACAACUACUAUGGCUUCCCACUGGUACAUGGGUCCUACCACGUCCAUGGCCACCAUGCCUACUAUGGCUCCCAUGACUAGCCUACCUCCUCUACGAAGAAUGAGACCGCUAAGUCCCAUCACCAUUGUUGCGCCAAUUGCGGCUACCUCCACGAGACCCAACAUGAAAGAUCGCACAAGAGACCGCACCGGCUUGCCCCCAGCAACCAGUAAGCCAGCCACGGCCAGUGUGGUGGAUGGGCAUCACCCCAAGCCCGACGGAGCCUACUACCCUCCCACCAAGCGCGUCAAGCGCGAACCCACCGACACGCCCCGCAAGCCAUCAUGGGCAAUUUCCUCCGAAUCCGACAACGCCUCCGUCAUCUCCCUGCCUCGUCCUCCAUUGCAGGAAGAGGUCAACUCUCGACCUCAACCUCCAGCAGAGGAGCGGAAGCAGACCAACUCCUCCGGGGGCCAAAAGUGCACCGACCCCAGUUGCAGCAGUUGCAGCAGUUGCAGCAGUAGCUCGUCUUCUCACAGCACUUUCAGCACCUCUGGUAGCCCCCAGCGGCAGCAGCAGCAGCCUUUCCCCAUGCAGGACCCCCCAGCACCCAUCAUCCCCACCCCGCUAGAGCCCUUCCCUGAAGCGGGAACCCUGAUGAACUUCCCGCUUCCACAAAUCGACCACCAGGGGCAGCGGCCCGCAGCCGCAGACGGUUACUUCUCCGCUCUCGAGGAUGACAUCCUGUAUCAGACACGGGAUCCCUACGAGAUUGAGAUUGCGUACCGUGAUGCGCUGCGGGUCCGCGAGAGGGUGGAUUGGGACUGCAGGCGGUUGGGGCUGCGACUGCGGUAUCUGCGGCGGUGCCAGGCCAGGUUGGCCGAGCGGAGUCGGCAGGCGAGGGAGUGUGAAUGGGAGCGGAGUGACUUUUGUGGACAGACUGGUCGUCGCUGAGUGGACGGGGGAGGUGAGAUAUGGCAUGAGAUAAGAGAUUUGUGGAUGAGAGGCUGUGUUUGUUGAUCUUGCGGGUGAUGACAAGUGACGAGUGCAGGGAUGGCAGUGAAAUCUGACUUUUUGCCCCUGGUUACAGUUUUCUUUCUUAUUCUUUUUUUUUUCAGAGAAAAGGCGUAUUUGGUGG